AUGGUGAUUCUGUACUUCCGGAGGUUGCGGACAGCUACAAAUAUUUUGAUCUUAAACUUGGCUAUCGCCGAUCUUCUCAUCGGUAUCUUCUGCAUGCCGACGUCGUAUUGGCAUGUGCUCAUCUUCGACGAUCAGCGCUGGAUUUUCGGCGAAAAGCUGUGCUACCUGAUGUCAUUUCUGCAGGGGGGCAGCGGUGUUCUUGUCCGCUUGGACGCUGGUCGUCAUCAGUUU